AUGGGGGCUCCGGAAAUAGCAAAAUAUCAUGAUGCGGCUAUGAUAAGCCCAAUUAUUACAUCCUUCCACCACGUAAUGCCACCCCCAUGGAGUCAUAUAGAAACUGCCCAAACAGGCGGCUUUCCACUCGCUGCCUUAGCUUGGAUACCAAAGCACCAAAGACCGAAAUUUAAAGACAUAUGUCCGACGACAGAGGCUUCCCUCCUAGUUUGGGACAAACUAAUAAACAAACAUCGCCCUGCACCAUACAUAUCCCCAGCACUGCGAAUCCAGGCUAUGGCACUUCUAAUUCCUGGCUUUAAUUGGGGCCUAUGGCACACACGGGGAGCUACCUCCCUGUCCAGCGUGAUGAAGGGGGAAUCCAUUGAGACUUUCGAGUCCUUGAAACAGAAAUUUCACCUCCCCCCACGAUCCUAUUUCUCAUACCUUCAGCUGAGCUCAUGGGUGACAAAGCGGGCUAGGCAAAACAAUAAACACUCACACGAUAACACUAUAGCAGAACUAGAGAGAGUAUGUCUAGCACCCAAGCCACCACAAAGAAGUUUAUCAUUUCUAUACAAUAUACUCAAGAAAAGGGCUGGAGUGGGGAAAUUGAGGUUUAUGACAGCAUGGGAAGCAGAAAUGAAAACUAUCAUACCCAAUGAGACAUGGCCAAGAGUUCUACGAGCGCACAAACACCUCACACUCAAUACAGCCCACAUUGAAACUUGCAGGAAAGUACUUUAUCGCUG